AUGGAACUCUACAUGCUUCUUUUUUGCUCUUUCGGUCUGGUCUCGUCUACUAUGCUCGGGCCAGAGGAGAACAAUUCCCUCCACCCUCGCGGCAGGUUCCCUCUGUACAUGAUGCAGCUGUAUCGCUCUUUCAGGGCAACCGACGUCUCGUCAACAGCGGCUAUCGACUCUGAUGACAGUCAGACGGCGCGGGAGUCGGACUCCAUCCUUAGUCUCAUGGCGAACGGUUUCCAUCAGCUGGACAAUAGAUGGACUGUUGCUUUUGACAUGUCGUCUGUUUCGACCAACGACAGAGUCCAGCUGGCAGAGCUGCGCCUCCGAUUGCCGAGCCGACCCGCCGGCAAGCGUGAUAUAGUGGAUUUGUAUCACUCCCGGAAGUGUGACCAUGAGGAAGGCCCGUCUUGCAGGGACGAGCGCCUAUUUCUGGGAAGCGUCACCACUUCAGUCGGCAAGUCUUCAUGGAAGGUUUUUAACGUAACUGCACUUUUGAAGUACUGGCUCUACCAAGGACAAAGGAUGUCGGGCCAGGAGGCCUCAGGUGAACCUGAAGCUGAACUUGAGAGCAGUUCUGGGGAUUAUGAGGAGAUACCCAGCAAGGGGUUAUUCAAGAAUCCAAGUCCGAGUAGAUUUCAAGCAAUGAUGGUGAUAUUCCUUAAAAAUGAGCUCCCUCAGAAGGGUCACUCCACCUAUAGCCUCAUCCAUACUGUGGAAAAUUCCAAGUACGUCACUACGGAGCGAAGCGGCAACCAGGGCCCGAGUCGGCGUCACAAAAGGAACAGGAUGGAGAGCAUGAUGUUGGCGCCCGGCCCAUUGUCGACCGGGCCGCCGCACGAGGCACAGCGGCCCCCUUGCCGCAAAGUUGACAUGUGGGUGGACUUCGAGCACAUCGGCUGGGACGAGUGGAUCGUGCAUCCCAAACGCUUCAAUGCUUACCGCUGCGAGGGUGAGUGUCCGACACCCCUGGAUGAAUCCUUUAACCCCACCAACCACGCGUACAUGCAGAGCCUUUUGAAACACCGGCACCCAGAGAGGGUGAGCUGCCCGUCCUGCGUACCGACCCGCCUCGGCCCUCUGUCUAUGUUGUACUACGAGAACGACGACCUGACCCUACGCCAUCACGAGGACAUGAUCGUUGAAGAGUGCGGCUGUCACUGA